GAUGUCAGCUGUGUUUCUAUUCUAACACGUUUCUGGUGUUGUUCUUGUAGUUGCCAUGCUAGCUGUGUUCUCUGUCGUCUGUCUAUAUGGAGCCCUGGCAUCACUGGUCAACUGUACCUUCCGUCAGAGUGUGAUGCCCUUGGGGCCUCCUCUGGUUAAGGAUGUGACUCAGCAGCAGAAGUCCUCCCCUGCCCUGUCCUGUCCCGUGGCAGACUCCAGACUGACCAGCGGUCUCCUGAAGAUCUCCAGACUGCUGGACGACGGGGGGGUCUGUGGAAUCCCCACCGAUACGGUCUACGCCCUGGCCGCGUCCUGCAAGAACCCUCAGGCCAUCGAGAACAUCUACAACAUCAAGGACCGCCCAGCAGAGAAGCCUAUCUGUAUCUGUAUCUCCAGUGUGGAGCAGCUGGUGGCAGCCAAGCCCCCCUUCAGCUCUCUACUCUGGGAGUUCAUGAGGAACGUCUACCCUGGAGGAAUCAGCUGCAUCGUCAGCAAGGGAGACUGGCUCCUCAGACUGGGUGUGGGUCCAGCCUACGACCGCGUGGGGACCAAUGACAGCAUCAUGAUCCGAGUCCCUGACCACACCGUCACCGGACACCUGUGUAACAUCACCGGACCGCUUGCCAUUACCUCAGCCAAUCCCAGUGGAGAACCUGACAGCACGCACCACGACAUGGUCAUCAGUCGGCUGGGCCAUAAGAUCCAAGGGGUUCUGUGUGACGGGGUUUCCAACGAGGUCAUAGCCUCAACGGUGGUGAACUGCCUCAAGAUAGAUGAAGGUACGAUUAGUAUCGUGAGGGAAGGCUGCGUCCCGGCGGUGAAGGUCCGACAGAUCUUUGAGAGGGUGAAGACCAGUAUGUUGUGA